AUGGAGUUUAGUGCAGAUACGUGGUCAUUCUGUGUGGAAACCAAACUGUUUCGCAAUAGCUCAGCCUUGGAUAUGUAUUUGAGAACGACAGCUGGUUUUGAUCGUAUCGGCAAGACAAUGACAAACUUUGUUGGCAUGCAUUAUAAUGAAAGCCGCAUUAUGAAGAUGAGCUUUGACGUACAAAUCUCGGUUGGUGCUGCCCAUGCUGGCUAUCCGAUAAUGGCUCAUCUCUAUUGGCAAGAAGACUUAGUCAACAUCAACAAAACCAUGACAACAAAUAUCUGGGGCUACUGUCACGAGUUUGGGCACAACUUGCAACGACCAUGGCAUAUGCUUGAACAAUGUCUAGAGGUAACAAACAAUAUCAUGUGCCUUGUGGCCUACAACUACGUCCUAAAUAUGUCGCAGUUCGAAUUGGGCAAGGGCAUUGUGAUGAGUCGACUGGAUGCCAUUGUUAACUGGUGGAACAGCAAUGGAACAUACCCGGAUUGGUCUAAUAUGGGAGAAAUGUACUACGCCUACAUCGGUACAACCAUGGGCAUUGCGGCAGUCGGUAACACUUGGCGGGCGUAUGAGCUGCAUCCAGAAAUUCGAGAAAGGCGUGGUUUUGAUAUUACC